AUGGCACUCUACAACAGAGCUGACGAUGGUCACAAUGCACAAGAUCUCUAUUACGACCAGGUAAACACUGAGCUCGCUGCAUACGCUUUGUUAGCUCUCGGUUGUUCUGCAGCAGUCCUCCUUGUCUGGAGCGCAUCCUCCCGUUUUUCAUGCUAUCUGCGGCAAAUCGCAUGUUUGAGCAAUAAGCGGCAACAGUACUUUAGACCCGCACGCAGGUGGCUCGCAGCAAUCCGGAAGCAUAUCUUGUACGCGUCGCUCUUUCACAACCGACGCCAUAGGGAGUUUCGGCUCUCUGCAGCAGCCAACAUGGGAGCAUUGCCCAGUCGGACUCACUCUAUGCUUCUGAUCGGAAUCCUCGCCAUGAAUGUCACCCUGUGUACGGUCAAUGUGCCUUACAGCUCCGAUAGAGCCGCAAAAGUCAUCCGAAACCGAACCGGCAUCAUGGCAACUAUGAACCUGAUCCCACUGGUGCUGUUUGCGGGAAGGAAUAACCCGUUGAUUUAUAUCCUUCGCGUGCCUUACGAUACUUUCAACCUAUUUCAUCGCUGGCUUGCGCGGAUCGUCGUUCUGCAGGCACUCGCUCAUGUCUUCGCCUGGUGUAUUCCUAAAGCGCAAGAAGGCAAGCCAUUUGGUUGGAAUGGCGUCCGAAUGUCAUUCGAGGACAAUGCAUUCACCCGAACAGGGCUCGUUGCUGCCUGUGCAUUUGCCUUACUCUUAGUCCAUUCUCCCUUUCCGAUCCGGCACGCUUUCUACGAGACAUUUCUCCAUCUACACAUUGCGACGGCGGCUACGGCGUUUAUCUUUUUAUGGAUACACUUGGAUGGGCGUCGCGCUCAAGGGUUCCUCCUCGGAGCGAUCAUUCUUUGGGCUGUGGAGCGAUCAGCACGUAUCCUAAAUAUUCUCUACCGCAACUGUGGCCGAAGUCUGACAACCGCUGUGGUCGAGACGCUCCCUGACGACAUCCUCCGCAUAGCACUCUACAUGUCGCGGCCAUGGCCAGUUAAACCAGGCCAGCAUGUCUAUCUAUAUAUCCCUGCCGUUGGCAUCUGGACGUCACAUCCAUUUUCAGUAUGCUGGAGCGACGACGAGGAAGCCGGUGGCGAAGACAAUGAUAAUCAUCUUCAUAAAACAGCCAUCUACUUACUUGUCCGCCGUCGCUCAGGCUUUACGCAUACACUAGCCCGACGUGCCGCCCGGAGCAUAAACGGUGUCCUGUCCGUGCAUGCAGUUGUCGAGGGCCCGUAUGGCGCUAUGGACUCCCUCGAUUCGUUCGGAACCGUCCUUCUCCUUGCUGGGGGUGUAGGCAUUACCCAUCAUCUACUAUUCCUCUCCCACCUGGUUCGUGGACACGCGAUGGGGACGGUUGCUGCGCGCCGUAUUCAACUUGUGUGGGCAAUUCGCUCGCCAAGCUACUUGGAGUGGAUUGAGGAAUGGCUAGGCAGCAUCACCCUCCCGGACAAGAGGGAGGUCCAGGGGAGUACUAGCUCCACGGUGGCAUCCGUGUUGCAAAUAUCAGUCUACGUGACGGGCUCGUGCGAUAUGGAUGUAGCUCAACCGCGCCUAAGCACGAUGCAAGUGGUGACGGGGCGGCCCGACUUCGAUCAGCUUCUCGCGAGGGAGGUGGAGAAUCAGAUUGGCGCGAUGGGAGUGCUUUGCUGUGGAAGCGGUGGAUUCAGUGACGAUGUUCGCCGCGUGUGCCGUGAGGCGCAGGGGCCGACUGAGAUCGUUCUCUUCGAGCAAAGCUUUACCUAG